CGCGUCACGUGAGGCGUUUGUUGACUUCCUCGAGAGGCGGGGAAGGGCCUGGCGCCCCGGGGACUGCCCGCGGCGGCGGAGGCCGGUACCGCGGCCGGGCCGGCGGAGCGGAGGAGAUGGGAGCCCGAAGAGGCCCGAGCGGAGACCACGACGGCCGGCGCUGCCUCUCGGCCGAGGUGACAGGCCGUUGCUGACCCGCCUGACCCGAGCGAGGCCCGGAGAGCUGUCAUGGAGGAGUUGGUAGAGGAUGACAUCUGUAUUUUGAACCAUGAAAAAGCAGACAACACUCAUAAGAGAGAUGGGGAGAUUCCAGUUUCAUCUUACAGUGGAGAUGAGUCUGUUGCCUCACAUUUCGCACUUGUCACUGCAUAUGAAGAUAUCAAGAAACGACUAAAGGAGACAGAGAAAGAGAACUCAUUCUUAAAAAAAAAAGUGAGAAUUCUAGAAGAGAAGCUGCUUGGCUCGCGCCGGGAAGAGGAGUGCAGUUCAGUUGGACGUGAGCAAGUGAACAAGGCAUACCAAGCCUACCGAGAGGCCUGCAUCGACCGAGAUAAUCUGAAAAGCAAACUGGAGAGAAUGAUGAAAGAAAAUGCAGAGUCCUUGAAAACUCUGAAUGAACAGUUGCAGUCUAAAGAAGUAGAGCUGCUACAACUAAGAACUGAAGUGGAAACUCAACAAGUGAUGAAAAAUCUGAAUUGUACUCAGUCCAGCUGGGAAAUAGAGAAGCUGAACAGUGACCUGAAAGUGCAUAGUUUGGAACAGGAUCUAGAAAAGCUCAAGCAAGAGUGUAACAGUCUCAGAAACGAGUUGCAAAAAUGCAAGCAGAAGGACCAGGUUCAAGAUGAAAACCCAUUAAAUGGAGAUCUCUAUCAAAGGCAAGACAUCCAGAGCGUGCAGCAAGCAUAUCGGGAACUGAAGAGAGAAAUGUCCAAUUUGCGUCUGGUGAGUGACAAGCAAGCUGAGGCUCUGCGGAAACUGAAAACACACCCAACAGCCACCAAGAAAGCUCCCUCUUCUGCACCAGUACAAUGUGUUGACCUGAACAUUUCAAAGCCAAAUCUGACGACUGGGGUAGUCUAUAAAAAGCACUCGCAAAAUGAGAGAGUACCCUGCGACGCUGUGUCUCCUCCUCUGCCCAGAGAUGUAAAAACCCCAUCUGAGAGGGUGCCUCUACAAGCAUGGACAGAUGAGAGACCCAUUCCAGUUGAUGGCAAAAUGUUUCAGGAACACCAUUCUUAUGGAAAGAGCUCUCUGGAAGAUAAUUCCUGGGUAUUCCCAAGUCCUCCAAAGCCUAACGAGAAUGUCUUUUGGGAAAUGAGAAAUAAAACAGUUUUGUCAAACUGUCCAGCAGAUUACCUGGAUCAGUGUAAUCAAAACUGUCUGCACAAGAGUUAAACAAUUUUUAGAAUGAACUGAGAUGUUUUUAGGAUGAUUCUGAAUAGGCACCUUAAGGCUUGAACUUAUUUUAAACGGGAAGAACAAAUUGCCUGGAAUGUUCUUUCUUUCUGUAACUUUAAUUCUAGUUCUGCAACAGAAAGCCCAGUCUUCCUCUGCUGUAAAUCAGGAGUGAGUUCCUUAAGUCAGAGCUCUGCUGGUAUAACGUCUAGCACGUUAUAGAAAUCUAGCACGGGGCUUAGACAGUCUCAUACUGCAAAUGGCAAAGAGUCGCAAAAGAUUUCACUGGAAAGUGAGUUCUUGGAAUAAAAGAAAAUAAUCCAGGUCUGUAUUUGUUUGCUAUUUGUAUGUUAUCAAGAAAAUACUUGGUAUCCCAUGUUGCAGUUUGUACCAGCUCAGAGCUUAGUUUUUGACAGUGCUUGUUUCAGAGUCAGACAUAAAGUGAAGAAUUGUAUUAUCCCUCCCUUCCUCCUUUCAAUUAACUUUCCGAUUCCUUGGGCUUAGAAAUGCGUUUUUAUGUAAUUCUUUAAUGAAGAAAGGUGAUGUUUUUGUGGGGGUUUUUGGACAAAAUCUUUAUUUCUGUUAGACAGUGGCAAGAUAAAACUCACUCCUGAGCUGUCCUGUUGAGAUUACAAUUCACAAGAAGGCCCAAAAUGGAGCAAAGGUCCAUUAAGUGAUGCUGCUGAAUGCUGUGGCUGCCAGACGUUCAGCUCCCUCCCUAUGGUUUACGCUGCAGGAAGCUGAAUUCAUUCAGUGCUCGACGGUGCCUGCCCCAGGAUCCUCCUGUUCCCGCUGCUUGUCUUCCCUGGGCCUCCUUUGCACAGCACCAGAGCCAGGGCUUUUAAUUUGUGUGGUGGUGAAGGCUACUAACUUCUCUUAUAUUACAGAAACAAAGCCUUAAUUUACUCAAACUAGGUGUCUGUAGCGUUGGUGAUGCGCGUCACAAGUGUUUUCGUGGUAUGUUUAGGUAUGCCACUGAGAACUAGAGUUAUUUGAAUUGCAACUGCCUGCUUUAUAGAUGAUGGAUGUUGGAGUACUACUUUCAAGGCCAAGAACUGUUUUUAGACAAAUACAAUUUAUGCCUUUUUUAUAAAGAAACAACCAAACUGCUCUGCUUCAUAUCUGGCUUAAUAUAACAGGGUUACAUGAAAUGCCUUGACUGCUUAAUAUGUUGAAGAAAAAUGCUUCGUGGUUUAGAUCCACAAUACCUGACUUGUAAUGUGUGGGAAGACACUUCAAUACAUCAUUUACAGAGGGGUGAGUGGAUGAGUAAAGUGUUCAACUUCAUGGGUCCAGUUUAAGAUCAGUGUAAUAAAAAUUAAUUUCACAGCUAUUUAGUAGCAAAUGAUCUUAAAAUUACUUGCAAGUUCAUGGGGAAGCUAUGACUAGUGUAGCCACACUACUGAUGGGCUGUAAAAGUGACUGAGGUGCCACAUGACACUUUCUUCCCAGUGGAGUAAGUACUUUGUAUGAUACUCCUUGUCUACUUCUCUUUCAGUUUGUCUAUCAAAGUUGAAAAAAAGCCUUCCAGCUACCUUCUACUGUAUUAGUGAAGCGCAUACAUAAAUAAUGUUUCCCAUUCACCAGAUAUUGUUUUAUCUUUCUAUAUCUUGCUCACGUAUCCCGGCUCGUCUGUGAUUAAUGGAAAUGGUGUCAGAUGCUGGAAUUUAUUCUGACCAAUGAACACGGCUGACUCAGGGGAGCACAAUCUCUUGGAAAGUAAUAGAACAAAACCCAAUAUGCAUAAAACAAAUCCAAGUCGCUAGGCUUGUGCUGAUAGAACCAACUACCUGUGUAAUAACAAAGCAGCAGAAAACACUUCUCAUGUGGCUGCAAGAGCUAUAUGGUACCUGGGUCUGAUGCAGCUUACUUUUGAGGGGUUCUCCACUUCAAUGUUACAGAGGGGUUGUGUGGUUUAAGUAAUGUACAUUAUCCAACAGCCAUCAACAUGAUUAAUCCUUUGAUUUGUGCAAUGAAGGAAUUCUACUGUGUAAGAUUUUCAAAUAAAUUUAUUUUUGUUUGAA